AUGUGCGCAGUAAAUGAGGCGGUCGAGCUGGUAGUCGGCGGCCAGGUUUUCUACGCAUCUGCGUCGACUCUCCGCCGUUCCAGGACUCUACGACAGCUCCUUCAGAAAGUGUCCCCCAGCCAAUCUCCAGGCAGCGGAGAUUGCGGCCAACCGACGCCUCUGGUGCCGGAAUCCGAUGGUGACGAAACACCCUCUUGUUGCCGAGAAGGAAGUACCUACCCAGUGGCUAAUCCCAACGCGUCUGCCCAGCCACGGCCAGCUGCCAGCCCGAGCGUUACAAAGAGCAUUUUCAUUGACCGCGACCCUUACCGUUUCAGUUUCGUUUUGGAGUAUCUUCGAAAUGGCCAGCUGGACGUACGGGAGACGAGCGGAGGGCAGAAAGUUUUCAGGGAAGUGUUGGAAAUUGGCGCACCUGCUGGCGACAAUGAGUUUUCCGACAGUGCUCAGUAUCAUGGGUGCAGUGCCGGCGAAUCAGAUGAUAGACCCGAGGGUAGUGGUUCCAAGUUCGCCGCUUGCCUGUCUCUAGUCAGCUUGCGAUGUGAGUUUGAUUACUUUAGUAUUGGCUGGCCGAGUCGUUGCAUGCGUUGUGACGUCUUAUUUGAUCCGUCGCGUUGUCGGCAACGCCCCACAGAUUCGAAGCGCGUCGAUCUUACCGGGGGUUUCCUAGGGCUGCAGCAUGAUCGGGCAGAGGACACAACUGCCUCAGCAGUGGGGCAAACGUCCACCGCCUCGUCUGAACUCCCUGCACUCAGCGUUGAGGGCGAGGGUGAUCUGGAGCUGAAGUGUUACUACCACCCAGGUGAAUUGAUUGCGAUCGAUCUGUCUGCGUCCGACUGUGACAAUGGCUCUCGGAAAAGGGCGCUGGAGCGCCAAAGAGCCGGACGUAGGAAGCAUCUUUACUACACCUGCUGCAACAGACGUGACGAUGCAGUCGGAUGUGAGGCCGGGGCUCACCUAAGUGAGGAGGAAGCUCUGGCCAGUGUCCUUCGACGCCAAAGCCCGCCGCUGCCUGACUGUGGUGUCGAGGCUGACCCAGACAGGCUUCCUGGAACGUCACCGGUCCAUUGCUCUGGCGAGUCUUCUGCCGAUAACCCGAUCGGAUCGGAGACUGGGAAACGUGGAGAGGGCGAGACCAGCGAGCAAGUCGUCGCGCAGCAUUACAUCGCCGCAGCAAUGUCCGCCUGCGAGACUGAGGUUCUGAGGCGCAUGCAGGAAGGUAACGGCGCUUGUUGCCGACCUGCGAGGAGUGCUGACGGCUGUGGCAGUGUACGUGGCGGCAUUCCGGCGCCAGAAUCCCACAGAGAUUCUAUCUUGAGCUGUGGAUCUACGGAGAAGAGAGAAGCUGCAAGCGGGGCGCAAGAGACGUGGGCAUGCAGUGCCAAAUCAGUGCCCGCAGACAGUCGAGAAUCACUGCCCUGCGCCGCUGAUUCGCCCAACUGCUCCGGACACGAAUUCGCCGUUGGACCUCCGUUUGCGGAUUCCGGACUCCAGAUGCCGCAGUACCCAGGGAUGCCCGUCUGUUCAGCCUCUUCUCCGGGUGUCGGGUAUCCCCUGGCUGUCCACUAUUCGCAACAGGCACCGCAGGGAGCGGCUGUGUGGUCUGGGGGGUCAGACACAACAUCCCCGUCCAGUGUGCCUACUGCGACGCAGCAGGCUGGAUUUCCGGGGGCGUAUCUUCCUGCAUAUUCCGUUGACAUCACCCGCCCUCCAGGAAGUGCGGCGGGCACGGACAAUUCGGCAGCGUCUAUGGCGCUGGCGUUUUGUCAGCCUGCGGCAACUGCGCGUUAUCCCUACGGAUCGUCCGUGCCUCCGGUGGUGCCUGCACCGUGGAUUUGUCCCUUUUACUUCGUCCCAGGGACGGUGCCGCCAGGCACUCCGCACGGCACGGCGCCCAAUCUUCUUCUCGCUCCCCAGCAGUCACAGUCCGAGCCUCCACAACUUUUGCAUCCCCAGCUAAAUGCUCCGCAGGCGCCCCUUUAUGCGUGGGACACGGUGCCGGCACCGGCUGCUGGAGCUCCGGCGACGCAGCCAACAAAGUCUCAUGAGUCGCUUCUGGCGUGCUCGCCCGCGUGCGCGCCCGAGUUGGGAAAACCAGGAGGCGAAGCAGUUUGCCCGUGGCAGGACUCCCUGCCUGUUGCUUUGCGUCAAGAUGCAGGCAUGGCCUGUUGCCCCUGGCCGCAUGAACAGCCUAGCCAUCAUCAACGCGUUUUUCAGGAACAGUUCUGCUUGCAACAUCUGCAUGUCCAACAGUAUCACGGAGUCCACCUUCCCGGUACGGUGGCGAACGCGAGUACCUCUCCGCCCCUGCAUGCGGACGCUGCGGUGCGGGGUGAGGCGGUUGAGCAGACAGGCGCAACGCGGGGACCACGCCUCACCGAACGGCAGAGUCGGAGUGGCUAUGCUCGCGAUGCGAUUCACCGGGAGGGCGAGACGGAUGACGAAGGGCGCUCUCGAGAGACUGACCCGGAGGCCGAACGCGCCCCCGCGGGAAGAGCCGGACACAAUGAGCCCAGUGGGAUCGCGUCUGGGGAGGCGCUCGGAUCAGAGCCGCUACCAGGGUCGGCAAGUGCGGCGGGCGACGACGUUGCAGUGCCACAGGGAGUCCUGGGUCGCGCGGGGUCCGUUCAUGGGGCGAGUACCCCAGGCAGCGAAACUCGCACUGAUGGAAACCACUCGUGUGUCGUCCUUCGUCGGAGAAGGCCAGGCCGCGCUGGGGGAAGUAGGCGGCAGCAGCCGCAUGUUUGCGCUGGCGAGGGGAAAGAGGAGUCGACGGUCCACGGGGAGCAGCAGCCGAACGCAUCUGUUCCCACCCGAGAAGUCGAGCUUCUUGCGGGGCCGCGUGCACCAUCUUGCUGUCAGAGCAGCGCAGAAACUUCUAUGCAUCCGUGCGAACUGCCGACGGCGAGGAAGACCAAGCAGGAACUGCUGUGUCGCGAACACAAGACGCAUGCGGCGAACCGUCUAGGACGAGGCCGGCGGUCGCCGGACUGUCCCCCGUGGGGGUCUUGGCAGAGCGCCGAUAUUGAAGACGCUCCGAGCCUCGAGUGUGGCGCGGCGGCAGCUGCCGGCGAUGAAGAAGAUACUCUGGCAGUUGACGUCUGCCGAGAGCAGCGUGGAGUGUGCACGUGCCAAGCGGCAGAUGCGACGGGUGACGGCAAUGAGCGAAUCUGUUCAACAGGUGGCCUCGAAACGCCAGUCGCCUGUGGCCGCACGCGAGAGAAGAAGGGAGAGCAUGAAAGCUGCGGCUACGCAGGCAACGGUGCGAGUGCGGCGGCGGCCCAUAGAGCCGGAGACUGGCCACUGAUGGAGGAAGGACAGGGGACAGAUCACGGGAUUCACCAGGACUCUGCCGGCGGUGUUGCGUCAAAGGGCACCUGCUCUGCACUCGCCAGUGGGUCGUCGGGGAAGGCAGGCUGCGCCAUGAAUCCCCUUUUCAAGACCAAAAUGUGCCCGCUGCUCAAGGCGGGUUUGUGUCCAAAGACGGCUCGGCGGUGCAAGUUCGCGCAUGCUCUACAGGAGCUGCGUCCCACAGCCGAGUUCUACAAGACCCAGAUGUGCAGUUUCUGGAUGAUGGGCUUUUGCCGAGCCGGCAUUAGCUGUCGUCAUGCGCAUGGAGCAGACGAACUCAAGGUGCGCCCUGUCGGCGAGUCGCGUCCACCAGUGGAGACGCGCCCUGUAGGAGACACACGUCCGGCAGCCAGCAGUGAGUCGCCGAAAGAGGUCCACGACGGCAGCGCGACGCAGCCUGGAUCUUGA